AUGAAGAAGGGCAGAUUCAGACUUACGAAUUGGGUCUGUAAUCACAAGAAAGUCCUCAAGGCAGUUCCACAGAGAGAAAAAGCCGUGGGAGUAAAGGAAGUAAUUUUGAAAGACGACAGACUCCCCACUGAACGAGUGCUGGGAAUCCUGUGGGACCUGGAGAAAGACGAACUAGCGGUCCGGGUCCAGAUCCCUAAGAAACCUGAGACGAAAAGAGGCCUUCUGAGUAUGGUCAGCUCCAUAUGUGACCCACUGGGAGUCAUCACUACGAGCAUCAUAAGAGCCAAAAUCAUAUUCCAAGAUGAGUGCAGAUGA